UCGCCUCGCUAGGCAGGGGUCUAUACCUCAGCUUCUCCCUCUCGCUUGUUCUGUUUAGUUCCCCGUGAGGCGGGUUGGAUUUUUUUUUUUUUCCUCUCACGGAACGUGCACCAGAGCUUCUGCCGCGCUCUAGCUUCGGGGUUCCCCCCCCCCCACCCGCCUGAGGUUUGGGUGCCGCUGAGGAGAGGAAGGGAGGAACUCGAGCCGGCGCUUUAGGCCGUCGCCCGGCAUUGGAGCUUUGGCGGUUGCUCGGCUUAACUGAAUCCUUCGGCUUUCGAACGGCGCCGCUCCCAAGAGCCUGGGCCGGAACGGGUCGAGCGCUGUGGGCGAGCCGGGAGCGAGCGCCGAAGCGCGCCCGCCGCUCUGCUAGGCAGUUGGACGCGGGCCGCGCGGUCUCUGCGGACGCGAGUCCUGAGAUUGGAGGAUGAACAAUCUUUCAUUUAGUGAACUCUGCUGCCUAUUCUGUUGCCCACCAUGUCCAGGAAAAAUAGCUUCCAAACUGGCAUUUUUGCCCCCAGAUCCCACCUAUACACUCAUGUGUGAUGAAAGUGGGAGUCGUUGGACUCUACAUCUUUCUGAUCGAGCAGACUGGCAAUACUCUUCUAGAGAAAAAGAUGCUAUUGAAUGUUUCAUGACUAGAACCAGCAAAGGUAACAGGAUUGCCUGUAUGUUUGUGCGUUGUUCCCCUAACGCCAAGUAUACUUUACUUUUCUCGCAUGGGAAUGCUGUUGAUUUAGGUCAGAUGAGCAGCUUUUACAUAGGACUUGGUUCACGGAUUAAUUGCAACAUAUUUUCAUAUGAUUAUUCUGGAUAUGGAGCAAGUUCUGGAAAACCAACAGAGAAGAAUUUGUACGCUGACAUUGAUGCUGCUUGGGUAGCUCUUAGAACAAGAUAUGGAAUUCGCCCUGAAAAUGUGAUUAUAUAUGGCCAGAGCAUAGGAACUGUGCCAUCUGUGGAUCUUGCUGCUCGUUAUGAAAGUGCUGCUGUAAUUCUUCAUUCUCCUCUGACCUCAGGAAUGAGAGUAGCUUUUCCUGACAUAAAGAAGACAUACUGUUUUGAUGCAUUCCCAAAUAUUGACAAGAUAUCUAAAAUAACUUCUCCGGUGUUAAUAAUCCAUGGGACUGAAGAUGAAGUGAUUGACUUUUCACAUGGCCUAGCAUUAUUUGAGCGUUGCCAAAGACCUGUGGAACCAUUGUGGCUUGAAGGGGCAGGACAUAAUGAUGUGGAACUUUACGUACAGUAUCUUGAAAGAUUAAAACAGUUUGUAUCACAGGAACUGGUGAAUUUGUAAACUGUUUUGUUUAGUUACUUGUUGAAAUUCAUUGCUGAACUCCAGAUCUUAAUAGCCACAACAUAAAACCUGAUGGUUUUGUUUUCAAAUCAGGUCAGUUGCCUUCAUAAAUGUACAGGUAAAAUGAUUUGUAAACAUAAUUAAUGAAGGUUUUAAUGCCAGUAUUAACUGGAAUUGUAGAUGAUGGAACAAAACCUGUGUAGUUUAUAUAUUUUGUGCAAGUUUUCUUAUGUACAUAAGUCAAUUUGCAAAUCUUUUUAAGAUGUACAAAAGUCUUAGAAGGAAGUAAAAUUUUAAUUAUGUAAAUUCUGAUGCUGUAAACGUGUUGCCAAAUGCUUUAGCAUAUCCCAAACAAGUUUAUAUACAAUAUUUUUAAAACAUCUCAAAAUGUGACAUGUUCUGUUGCACAGGUAUAAUUGAAGCAGUUAUAAAAUACAAAUAACCAUUGCAUUUGAAGGAAUAAAAAAGAAUGAAGACAACCACUUGAAUUUUACAGGCCUUAUUAUAGGGAGCAAAUCAAAAUAAGUAUUUUAUUACCUUGUCUUCUUCUCAAUGUUUUUCUUUUCUUAACUGAUUAAUGGCCAAAAAUGCUGUUUUCAAAGCACUGCUCUAUUAAUAAGGCCAAUAGAAACAGAAUAAGGAACCGAUAUCGGCAAGUAAUCUAAGGAACUUUAUAUACAGCUAUUUUAAAAUAAUCAUGUAAAAAUCUUCCAAAAAAUCUAAUCUUGAUUUGAGUUUUUAUAUAGACAAACAUACAAACUUACAGACUUAGUUGACACUUUGAUUUGAAUGUUUUACUAGAAUUGUUUCAAUUAUUAUGAAAAGUUUACUAAUGUACUCCUCUACAGUAAAACAAAUGUUGACAACUCAUCAUAAAAUAAGCUGCCUUUCCCUAGAAUACAUUUUUGCUUGAAUAAAAUUAAAAUAUAGCCUGACUUGUAAGCAAAAUAAUAUUCAAAUACACACUGUGUUUCUAAUUUUAAAGCCUUAUGUAGUUAACCUAUUCUGCUUAUUCUUGUGAUUGUCUGAGAAUAUUGUAUGAUGUAUUGUAAAUGCUUAGAUUCUGAUGUGUUUAACUCUUAAGAAAAAUUCUACAAUUCUGAAGUGUUUGUGCAAAACAUAAACUGUUCCUGAUUAGUUCUUUCUCUCUGAAUACAGUAAGAGAGCACAAUUUCUGAUGUGACUAAAACAUCUUGCUAAAAUCUAAUGAUUCCUAAAACCUGGAUCGAUUUCUUGUUGCCAGAGCUUUACUACUUAUAGCAUCCACUUAGGGGAUAGAAGACAUUUGACAAGUGUAUGCUCCCAUUUUGAGCAAGCCAUUGUGGCUUCUGAUUAAAUUGCUUUUUUGAUUUUAUAAAUGAAGGAGUUAAUAUAUUAAAUAUAUAAGGCAAACUGUGAGUUGUCACAAUAGCUAGCAAAUGUUUGUCAGUUACAGUGUUAGAACUAGGAAAUGUAAUGAUUCAAUCCAUACCAUUUAAAAAUAAUAUUUCAAUUAAUUUUAAUAUGUUUAAUAUGCCUAAGCCAACCUUCAUGAAGUCUUUGUAUCCCAUGGCAAUUUGAUCAUGCAGAGAUUGAAUCCAAGAAAAUUUGCAACCAGUUCUUUAUUUGAGAUGCUGUUUUACCAGUAUAGUUUAAAGGAAAUCUGUUAUUGAUAUAUUUAAAAAUACAUACCUUCUCCAGUUAAGAGUGAUGAUGCACUAGCGAUUGGAUUCAGUUUUAGUUAUUAGUCCCAUAGACUUAAUGACUUCAUUGGGUAUAUUCCAAAAUCAAUAAAAUCUCAAAUGAUUUGAGCUUCAACAUUGAUCCUAAAAAGAAAAUCAAUUACUUUUUGGUAGUUUAACUUUUUGA